GAAUGGUGGCUAGAGAUACACACGUACACACAGCAGGGGGCGGGCAGGAAACUGCUAUUACAUCCCAGGAGAGACACUCACACCCACAGGAUCGGAGAUCCAGAGAGGGAAUAGGACGGACUUAGCGAAGGGAAACCGGGAAGAAGAAAAGAGACAUACACGGGUUAGCCGAGGGAGGUACUUGUCCUUACAGAGACCUCUUACGACAGAACACAAUUGGCGAGAGAGAGUCUCCCAGUGACUACGGAUUUGUGGUCAAAGAGUGUCCCACUGACCAAAGGAAGAGUCCAUGCUGGAGACAUCCUGGUCCUAAAGAGCAUGUCUAAUUGAAUGGAUUCAUUGGAUACAGAGGAGGAGCUGGGAUGCUGCCCUGGGAAUUUGCAAGAGGGAAGAAUGUCUGUGAAGGCCCCAGUAUCUCCGGUCAAAGGCUCUGGUGGGACAUUUACCAAACUGGAAGAAAAUUACAGGGAGGAAGUUGCACAGAUAAUGGCUAGCCAAGCAGCAAUUAAACAGGACUUUGAUUCGUCACCCCAGGUUUAUUCUAAUCAGAUUGAAUGUAAUGGUGGCCUUCCAGGGUCUGGUAACCAGGAGGAGACUCUAGAACUAAGCAAGGCAAUGAAAGAGGCAAUACCUGCCCUGGAGAAAUUGUUAACAAGUGACUGGAAAGAUAAGUUGUUGGGAAGUUAUGCUACAGAUACCAAAGACGUGAAAGGUACUCAGGAGAGUCUAGCAGAAAAGGAGUUGCAAUUGUUGCUCAUGAUUCGCCAACUGGCUACACUGAGGGACCAGCUGCUGAGUGCACACUCGGAGCACAGGAAUGUGGCAGCCAUGUUGUUUGAGAAGCAGCAGCAGCAGAUGGAACUGGCAAGACAACAACAAGAGCAGAUUGCUAAACAGCAGCAGCAACUGAUUCAGCAGCAACACAAAAUCAACGUGUUACAGCAGCAAAUCCAGCAAGUCAAUAUGCCCUACGUUAUGAUCCCAGCAUUUUCUGCUGCCCAGGCUGUCUCAUCAGACUCGCAGAUGACCCUGCCUAUUCAACCUAUUCCUUGCAAGCCAGUGGAAUAUCCCAUGCAGAUUCUUCACAACUCGCCCACGGGUAGAGGUCCAGCAUCUGGCAAACAGCAGGAGCCAUCCCAGCCUCUCAACUUAACAGCCAAAACAAAAGGCUCUGACACAUCUCCCACCUCUCAUUCCUCCUCAGAAUUCAGACUGUCUCCUGGGGGCAGUCAGGGAGGGGGCAGUAGAGAUGCUGUACCCAACCAACAAAGAGCAAACCUACCACUGGGUUUCCUUGGUGAAGGAGAUGCCAUCACUAAAGCAAUCCAAGAAGCUCGGCAACUUCUCAAUGGGCAGAACGUAGCACCAGAACAUCAUGAGAAUAACUACAGGAAGGAAAUUCUAGACUCUUUGUCAGAAAAGGAACUGCAAGAUGAGACUUCUUUGCAACACACAGAUGAAUCUUUGCUUCAGUGCAACAUGGAUAUUGAUGGAUCACGUCAGUUUCCAGAGGGACGUGGAAAUCAUAUUAAACGUCCAAUGAAUGCCUUUAUGGUAUGGGCAAAGGAUGAACGGAGAAAGAUUUUACAGGCAUUCCCUGACAUGCACAACUCCAGCAUAAGUAAAAUAUUGGGUUCCCGUUGGAAAUCCAUGAGUAACACAGAGAAGCAGCCGUACUAUGAGGAGCAGGCACGGCUCAGCCGUCAGCACCUGGAGAAAUAUCCAGAUUAUAAAUACAAGCCACGUCCAAAACGCACAUGCAUUGUGGAGGGGAAGAGACUUCGUGUAGGCGAGUAUAAAGCUCUGAUGAAGAAUCGCAGACAAGACACAAGACAUGGAUAUGUCCUAACGUCUCCAGGAUCUCUACAAAGUCCUCCCUCACCAGCUGCAUUGCAGACGCAUCAUAUGGCAGGUAACCUGAACCAUCAGGUCUCCUCUGAUCUUCAUCAGCCUCAUGAUGUUAACAUACCAGUCCUCCUCAACACACAAAGCUUGCAAUCUCAGGAGCCGAGGAGGCUAGUGCCAAGAGGCGCUGAACUUUACAGUGACUCUGAGGAGUCUGGGAAAAGUGACGGGGAAUUGGUGGUAAUCACAGACUAAAGGAAAUCAAAGGACAGAACUCAUCCUCCUUGGCAGCUUGUGAAAUACUAUCAGAAAUCAAAAUAGUACCCCCUUCAGUUAAUUUGGUAAAAUGUUCAUCUGUUGUUGGUUCAUUUGUUUUACCGGAUAUUAGAGUGACCAUCCAUAUAACUUGUCUUACUAUGGAAACACUGGAGCCUGCUCGGUAGUAAGUUCAUGAACAAAAUAUAACACCAUAAUUUAUUAGGAAUUAAUGCUGAUUAUUAGUUGGAAAUAUUCUUGAUAGAGGUGCAAACAAUAACAUCUUGCAUGAACUACUCUAGUGGGCCUUGCACUUAUAUAAUGCUUUGUAUACAUAAAUGAAUUCUAUAAAUCUCCCAAUGGAUGUACAUGCUGUAUGUACAGGACGUUAUCUCAUGAAGAUUAUACCAUUUUUUAAGGGGAGGGGGUGCAAUCAUCUUAUUUACACCCUCAAAGUGCCUUACUGAAUGAACUAGGGAGAUAGAGACAAAUGCCUCCACAUACAUAUAUGUGUAUAUUUUUUAUACAUCUGUAAAUAUAGUUUAUAGAGAUGUUUUUUGUUAAAUAGAGUAACUUAAAUAUUUCUCAAUACCGCAGCCCAUUGUUACCCAAGAAAGAAAAAAAGCUCUGUGAUGCCUACAUAUAUAUUGUAUAUAAAUAAACAGUUACAUGAUUCAAUACAUAAA